CUCUCUCUCUCUCUCUCUCUCUCUCUCUCACAGUUCAACAAAGGUUAAGUCUCUCUCAUCAUCUUCGGUUCAAGUCUCAAGCCUCUUUCUCUCACUAUAUUAUCCUCUUCUUCCUCACUCUGUUUACUCCUGAAAACAGCACAACAAGCAUUCUCAGUCACACCCACACACACUCAACCCUAAAAUCGAAAUCGAUAUCUCAGCUCCACACUCCAUUGUUCCACAAUUCCAAAAUUCAAAUCUUUCCCACAUUUCCACUCACCCAAUCAUCACCUUUACCUGAGUUUCUACUCACAUUGACAAAAUUCCAGACCACUCACAAUCCCCGGUUUCACCCUCGCCACCGCAACCACCACCAUCACCACGGCUCCACCACCACCACCACCACCAAUUGAGGCUGACACCAACCUCAAUGUUGUCAUCCCCGUUCAUCAUCGCCUUCUCCCUCCUCCUCUCCCUCCCAAUCCUCUUCUUCCUCGCACCACGAAUCCUCCCUCCCCGUCACCUCAGUCCGCCCAUUCCCGACUCCGACGAAAUCGACGACGCCGCCCUCUUCCGCCGUGCAAUCUCCCUCUCCCACCACCCCAACCAACCUUCUAGAACCUUCCACCUCUCCACAAAGAAGAACCCUUCUUUCAAAAUCGCGUUCCUCUUCCUCACAAACACCGACAUCCAAUUCGCUCCCUUAUGGGAUCGCUUCUUUCACAACCAACCAACCAACCUGUACAACAUCUACGUUCACGCAGACCCAACCGUGAACAUCACGCGCCCCGAUUCCGGCGUUUUCCACAACCGCUUCAUUCCUUCCAAGAAAACCUACCGCGCUUCACCCACUCUCAUCUCCGCCACGCGCCGGCUCCUCGCCACCGCGAUCCUUGACGACCCUGCCAACGCAUACUUCGCCGUCCUAUCUCAGCACUGCAUCCCUCUCCACUCGUUCCGCUACGUCUACCGCUCCCUCUUCGUCUCCAAAACCUUCGACAAAUCCGAACCCGAACCUGAAUCCGAACCGGGGAUCCGAACCAAAUACCGGAGUUUCAUCGAGAUCAUCUCAAAGACGCCGAGGAUGUGGAAGCGGUACGUGGCAAGAGGGAGGUACGCGAUGAUGCCGGACGUUCCGUUCGAGAAGUUCCGGGUCGGAUCGCAGUUCUUCACUCUGACCCGAAAACACGCUCUGCUUAUAAUCGCGGAUCGGAAGCUAUGGAAGAAGUUCAAGUUGCCGUGUUACAGAGAAGAUGAGUGCUACCCCGAGGAGCACUAUUUUCCAACUCUCUUGUCAAUGGCGGAUCCUGAUGGUUGCACAAAAUACACGCUAACGAGGGUGAAUUGGACUGGCACUGUUAAUGGGCACCCAUAUACUUAUCGGAGCUCCGAGGUGUCUCCGGAGCUGAUCGGGCGGCUGAGGGAGUCGGAGAACUCCGAAUCGUAUCUAUUUGCGAGGAAGUUUAGCCCUGAUUGCUUGAAACCGUUGAUGCGCAUAGCAAAAUCGGUUCUUUUCAAGGAUUGAAAGGUUGAAAAGUUGAUAGAAGAUAUUUAUGGCUGAAACCAAGUUGCUGUUGCAAUACCUAGCUCCAUUGGAAGGUAUAUGGCUUGAAGAGGCAUAAACAGCCCACAACCAAUAUACCUUGAACUCUCAAGAUAAAGAGAGAAGUGUCUUGAGUCUUGAGAUAAGUUUAGAGUUGUGUGUACUCAUUUGCACUAGAUAUUGUGUCGACUUAUUCAUCAAUAGCCUAGAUAGGUGUAGGUCCCAUUAAAGCUCCAUUUGCUGGAAUGAUAAAUGAGUCGACACAGUGUGAGGAAUCAGAAUCAAAAUGAAGAAAGGAAACGAAGAGGCACCUGCACGAGUCAAGGAAAGAGAUGCAGGUGCUAAUGCUAUAGUCAAGUGUAUUUAUCUGGUGUAUGUGUAAUUGUUGCCAUAGAAGAUUGUGUUAGGUAGUUUUGUAAGGUUUCUCUCCCUCUUUGGUGGAUGAUCUUGUACAUAUGAGCCUGUCUAUUAAGCACAAACCAUUGAUGAAGAAAUGAUCCACAUACAGUGUUCUACUUUUGGAUCAAUUCCAGUGCUGUUGCCUAAACACGAGGCGACAGUGGCUGCAUGGUGAUACAAUAUAAUACUGAAAUGAAAGGAAAAGCCAAGUCUACAGAUUCCCCAAUUGAUCCAUCUCUAUGCGCUCUUUUGAUCUCUUCCUGUUUUCUGAUUCCAUAGGAGUAGGACUCAUCCUGUUUAGCUUUUGUCUCUUUUUGGUUUUUUCUAUUGGUCUGUGAUCCCUUUCCUUUGUUCAAAGUAUCAGAUAGUGGCUCCAAGCCUCCAAGCACCGCAUACAGAAUUAUUUAAAAGGAAAAAAAAAAAGUAGAGAAAAAGGGAUCAUGUUGCAAAUCUUCUUUAUGGUAUCAUAUUCUGAUUUCUGAGGCCAGGCGACAUUGUAUAUAUAUAUAUAUACAAGCCACCGGAAUCUGUGGUAAGUGGUGAGUUUAAUAAUUCAACAAAAGAU